GCAAAAUCAGCGAGGAGGGGAAUGUCGGCUCGUGAAUGAUCGGUAUUUUUGAAGCGGCAGGGAGAGACAACGUUAUGGCAGUACAAACACAGCAAAAGAAUCUGGAAGGAUAUGUUGGCUUUGCAAGCCUCCCGAAUCAAGUCUACAGGAAGUCCGUCAAGAGGGGCUUUGAGUUCACCCUGAUGGUCGUGGGUGAGUCGGGGUUGGGCAAGUCCACCCUGAUCAACUCUCUGUUCCUCACAGACCUUUACUCAGCAGAGUACCCUGGACCUUCCCAUUGCAUUAAAAAGACUGUGCAGGUGGAGCAGUCGAAGAUUUUAAUCAAAGAAGGCGGAGUCCAGCUGCUGCUCACGAUAGUUGACACCCCGGGGUUCGGCGACGCUGUCGACAACAGCAACUGCUGGCAGCCGAUCAUCGACCAUAUAGACAGCAAAUUUGAAGACUACCUGAACUCUGAAUCCCGGGUGAACAGACGACUGAUGCCCGACAGCCGAAUUCACUGUUGCCUCUAUUUCAUCGCCCCCUCGGGACACGGGCUGAAGCCCCUCGACAUUGAAUUCAUGAAGCGGUUGCACGAGAAGGUCAACGUCAUCCCUCUGAUAGCCAAAUCGGACACUAUGACCCCCGAGGAAUGCCAACAGUUCAAGAAGCAGAUCAUGAGUGAAAUUCUCGAGCACAAGAUCAAGAUCUACGAGUUCCCGGAGACGGAUGACGAAGAGGAGAACAGGCUGGUGAAGAAGAUAAAGGACAAGCUGCCGCUGGCCAUCGUCGGAAGCAACACCAUCAUCGAGGUGAACGGCAAACGAGUCCGAGGGAGACAAUACCCCAGGGGGGUCGCAGAAGUUGAGAACGGCGACCACUGCGACUUCACCAUCCUCCGAGAUAUGCUGAUCAGGACGCACAUGCAGGACCUCAAGGACGUGACCAACAACGUCCAUUACGAAAACUACCGCAGCAGGAAGCUGGCGGCCGUCACCUACAACGGAGUGGACAACAACAGGGCUAAAGGUCAACUGUGCACCAAGAGUCGCAGCGGGCUGCUGGCUCGACGACGCCGUGCACCAGACCGAUAA